AUGACGAAGCUAGUGCGCAAACUCAAGCAGAUGGCCAAGAAGCGGGCCCAUCGCAACACUGUGCUGAAGCGAAAGGCAGAGCGAGCCCAAAAGGAGAUUGAGGAGGGUGAGAAGCUCAACCAGGAACGGCUGGAGCGUGAGACGGAUCUUGAGAUACACCGCCUCACCACACAAGGCGAGGAGUCGGAGGCGGAGGCGGCAAUAAACAAAAAACUUGUGCGGGUGGUUGGAGAUCUCGUUUUGGAGACCCCGCAACGGAAGGCAAAGAAGCAGGCGAGUCGCAAGCAGGUAAAGCGGAAGGAGAAGCUGAAGGAGCGCGGCCAGGCUGUUGCGGCUCAGCUGGGGAAGAAGUGGAACACAAAAAAACGACGAGUAAAGCAGCGGGCUCAGGCCCGCAACGAAAAUCUCCAGGAUUAA